AUGACAACACCACGACCCUUGUCCGUACUAAAAAGAGUAAUAGACCAGAAACUCAGAGGACAAGUUAAUAUCCAUGAAUACCAAUUUGGUUUUAUGCCGGGAAGAAGCACGGUGGAUGCCAUAUUCAUUAUGAGACAGGUGCAGGCAAAGUUUUUAGAGGGCAACCGUAAAUACUGCUUCGCCGACCUUGAGAAAGCGUACGACAGGCCUGGGGAAGAGGGGAGACCCGGAACAUCUCAUACGACUCAUCAAGAUGAUGGUCAGUGUGUCAUGGACACACUGACAUUAGAGUUUAGAGAGGAGGAACCACAAGACUUGUGGGAACUCCUUUUUGCAGAUGACAGUUAUAGUGGCGGAAACAGAAGAGGAGUUGCAAAGAAGAUACAUAGCUUGGAAGGAGAAAAUGGAACAAAGUGGAUUACAGACUUGGGCCUUGAGAAGGAAGGAGGAGAAUUUGCUGGAGAGGACAGAGAUGCGAAUGGUUCGAUGGAUAGCGGGAAAAGAAAAGAGGAGAGAGUGCCGACAUCUGCAGGAGAAAGAGGAGAGAGUGCCGACAUCCGCAGAAUGGCAGAAAUAUGCAGUAUAAGGGAGAAGGCUCGCGAAGCCCGUUUGAGAUAUUUCGGCCAUGUGAAAAGAGGAGCUGAAGAAGACCCGGUUAGAAGAGCGGUGGAAAUGGAGGUGAGAGGCAGGCGAAGUGUAGGAAGGCAAAGGAAGAGAUGGAAAGAUACUGCCAAAGAAGAUAUGAGGGCACUAGGCACUGUAGAACUCGUGAUCGAAGAUUAUAGAGAAGGAAAACUCGAGCGGCUGACCCUAUAA